CGAGAAUCCCCCUCCCCGUCCCGGCGUCCCCGGCUCCCGAGCUCCCCCUCCAGCCUCCCCUUCCCCGGCUCGGCCGCACCCCGUCCCCGGUUCGUUAGAGCGCGAGCGCGCGGCAGCCGGCCAGCCCCAGGCAGCCGGCGCCCCGCGGCCAGGUUGGCUCUCGCUCUCCCCUCCGGCACACCUCGUCCCCGGUUGUCCGGCUCCGGCUCCGGAUCAGCAGCGCCCCGAGCACGAGCGGGAACGCGCGAACGCCGGGACGCGGCAGGGUGCGGCGGGGCGGGGCAGCUAGGCUCUGAGGCACGGCAGACGGCUUGCAGUCAAGAUCUCUCACCAGCUGAAUUGCCGAUUCACACAUCCAGCCAUCUCGACAACUUGGGUACACACGGGACUUCAUCUUAAGAGAAUUUAGAACAAAAAAGAGAGCAUGUCAGACCUGCUUCCUGAAGAUGUACUUGUCAACAUCAUUGGUCGUCUUGCACCACGCUACCUUGCCAUAUCCCGGUGCGUUUGCAAGACAUGGUGCACCACCAUUGAUGCCCAUAAUCUGCUGCGUAUGGAUCUACUCCCACACUCAGUGUCUGGACUCUUUAUUAACUUCAAUGAGUUAAGCAUGUCGGAAUUCUUAUCCCGCCCCUCAAAAGGACCAGCAAUAUCUGGUAAAUUUGACUAUUUGCCUAGCGCGGGCCAAGUCAUAGACCACUGCAACGGGCUCAUCUUGUUACACGAAUGUGUAGUUAACCCGGCCACACGACAGUGGGCGCUGCUGCCCCCACGCCCAAGCCCAAAUAUGCCUGAGCACUUUUGUCACGGGAUGUACCUUGUCUUUGACCCCACAUUGUCAUCACAUUAUGAGGUAUUCCUGAUCCCUCAGGUCUCAUACAAUUCCAACUUAGACCCUGCAAUAGAGGAAUUGGAAUGGCCACCUUCGCCUUGCAUCGUACAAGUGUUGUCAUCAAGGACAAAGUUGUGGGAGGAGAGGUUGUUUGUUCGAGAAGGAGAGGCUGCAGGUAAUGUCGCUGACAUUCGGUUGGAUUUUCAAGCUGUUCAGGAGAAUGCUGUCUAUUGGCGGGGAGUACUUUAUGUAAAUUACCAAUCCAAAUUUAUUAUGAGGAUAUCAUUGUCAAAUGAUAAAUACCAAGUAAUCAAGCCACCUGUAGAUUUUGAAUGGUUUGAAUUUGAAAAUGAAUCCAGGCUAUCCAAAAACCUUUAUUUGGGAAAAUCAGAGAAAGGGGUGUACUGUGCUUUGCGUUAUCCGUCAACCGUUUCCUUUUCGAUUUACAUUCUCGAUGAAUCUGACGGCAAAACGGAGUGGAUAAUGAAGCCUCACUAUUAUCUCGGGAGUCAAGGAAUUGACGGGCCUGGACCCUGGACUCUACAAGAUAUCAACUAUAACUGGGACACCCAGUAUGAAGACAGUAUGGAGGAAAAGUUCGAGUGGGACUCCGACAGCGAUAAUGUUGUCGAGAACAGAAGCAACGGUGGAUAUCCUUGCCUUCCUCGUAUAGAACUUCUUGGGUUUCACCCCUACAAGGAUGUUGUCUUCUUGAGCGACACGCUGAGACGAGGAUUGGCCUAUCACCUAGACAGCUCAAAGAUCCAAGACCUGGGUAACCUCCAUCCAACAUAUUAUGGAACUGAACAGGGGAUUCAGCCAUUUCUACUGACGGCUUUCCCAUACACACCCUGGAGGGGAUGGUUUCCAGAAGACACAUAAUGGUACAUACAGAGUACCGAACGUAAGACAUAAAGAAGGCAUUAGCUGAUCUGAAACCGAAGUUCUGACCGGGCAUGGCGAAGGUCCCUCCUUCACGGUUUCCUGAUGCUGCUGCCGCUCUGGAUCGACAGACUUCAGCUUGAGAGUAGUUUAGCCAGCUGCUUAGCGCCGUGGACGUGGGGAUGGACACGUCGCAUUGCGCGCUUAGUGGCUGGUUUUGUGCGUUGUUUGGCUAAGUUUUUUUUUUUUUGGUUAGAAUAAAAGGGAGAAGAGAAAACACUCCAGUUGCGCAGCACCAAAACCGGUUCACCACUCUCUUGU